AUGCGCGUCUUUAUUCUACUCCUUGCUCUCCUUGGAUUCGCGAACGGUGCAACCUACAGGGCUGCUCCGAACUACAGGAAGUCUGCGGCCGCUGAAGCCAACCCUUCGAUUUGUGACAACUUUGACGCUCUCAUUCAUUCAGAUAUUACUGUUCCAGCUAUGAUCGCCGCUGGUUUUGAUAUGAAAAACGGGAUGUUGAAGCUCAACAAUGGCAACGAUCGCCAACUCAACGACGAUGGCGCCGGUCGCAGCCUCCGCAGCCGUGGCCGAAGACUCGGCUGGGAGAACUUGAUCGAUCUCGAAGCCGCAGCCAACGCUGCAGCUAUCGAAAUUCUUGCUGGCAACGCUGAAUUUCAAGAGUGCCUCCAAACUGACAAGGACCACCCCGACUUUGAGGUUGACAUCAAAAUCCAGCGCAACAACGAUGGUCGCAGACAGCUUUUGGACACGACUCGUAGUAGAGUCCGGUCGUAUCAUGGGGAUCAUCAUGCCGCGUAG